AAAAGCACAGUAGUAGUAUUCCAUAUUCUCCAUAACGAGUAAUAACUUUACCAAAACCCUUGUGCCAUAAGGUUCUGGUUAUUGCGAAGAUCACAUAAUCUUAUUACAGACAUGAGUUCCAGAGAUAGCAUAAUGAAGAUUAAGGUGCUUCAUGGGAUUAAUUGGUUGGACUUCUCUGUCCCUCCUAACACCACUUUUGGGGAUUUGAAAGCGAUUAUUGCCGAACAAAUUGGGAUGGCACCUAAUGUCCAAAGGCUGUUCUUUAAAGGUAUUGAGGAAAGAGAUCAAGAAUGUUUGGAAAUAGCAGGAUUGAAGAACAAUUCAAAGCUGUUACUCAGGAAAUCAGCUAGAAAUGAUAGGGUUGAGGAGGUUCCAGCUAGCGAUGAUGAGAUUGAAGUGGUGAAGGUGACACAAAAAUCCAAAGGUUCUGAGCUUGUUGCUGAAGUCAAAGUAGAUAAUGAUAAGCUAGCAGCCCAGGUUGGUGCACUAAGAAAGGUAAUAUGUGAAGGGCACAAGGUUUUUCAUAAAGAUCUUAACAUUUUGGUGGAGAUGCUCGAAAGACAGUUGCUGAAAUUAGAUGGCAUCAAGGCCGAAGGAGAAGGGAAACUUCAGAGGAAGAUGGAGGUGCGCCGUGUCCAAGGUCUCUUGGAAACAGCUGAUGAUCUCAAGAGGAGGAACUCGGUUCUUAUUGCCAGGAGCACUGAAUCUGUAGCAGACACAACAAAGUGCAUGCCAAUGUUUUGGCCGAAGUUCAGAUAGCAGAAUAUGGUGAUAAAAACUUUUCUGGAGAUACUCAUACAGUUCAACUAUAAGUAAUUUUUUGAGAACUCAUAAUUUUGUUGCAUAUAUAUAUGUAUAUCAAAUAGGUCGAACUUACAUGCACCUAUACGUCUUUUUGUUGAGUAAAGUAACUCAAGAAUUUUGAGCUAAAACAAUUGUUGUC